AUGUCUGAAGAAAAUAUUAAAAAAUUACAAGAACAAUUAAAUGUAAUAAGAGAAUUAGAACAAAGACAAUCAGAAUUAAAUCAAGAAGUAAUAAUUAGAAAUCAAUAUAUUAACAAUCAAAAUUUAACUAUUAAACAAUAUGAACAAAAAACAUUAGACCAAGUUUCAGAAAUAGUUGAUAAAAGAUUUAACGAUAAUGAAAAACAAGAUCCUCAAGACGAAGUUCGUGAUCGAUCAUUAGUUGAUCACUUGAGAGAUCCUCAAGAGGAAGAUCCUAGUUUCUAUUUUAAGGUUGUUUUGAUGAAUCCUCAAGAAGAAGCAUCAGAU